GGCGGAAUGGCGACGGCGCCAGCAAUCGGCAUCGACCUGGGCACGACGUACUCGUGCGCGGGCGUCUACCGCCAGGGAAAAGUGGAGAUCAUCGCGAACGAACAGGGAAACCGCACGACGCCCAGCUACGUGGCCUUCACCGACCACGAGCGCCUCAUCGGCGAAGCCGCGAAGAACCAGGCGGCGCUCAAUCCCACGAACACGGUGUUUGAUGCGAAGCGGCUCAUCGGACGAAAUUUCGAUGACCCUGCCCUGCAAAACGACAUGAAGCACUGGCCCUUCAGGGUGAUCGGCGAAGGGAACAAGCCACGGAUUCAGGUCACGUUCCGCGGCCAAGUCAAGGUAUUCUGCCCGGAGGAGAUUUCAUCCAUGAUCCUUUACAAGAUGAAAGAGAGUGCAGAGGCCUACCUCGGCAAGCCCGUCACAAAGGCCGUCAUAACCGUGCCGGCCUACUUCAACGACUCACAGAGGCAGGCAACCAAGGACGCCGGUGCAAUUGCAGGCCUCGAGGUACUCCGCAUUGUCAACGAACCAACGGCGGCUGCAAUAGCCUACGGCCUCGACAAGGAGGACAAGAAUGCACGCAAUGUGGUCAUCUUCGACCUCGGCGGUGGCACGUUCGACGUGUCCGUGCUCUGCAUCGAAGAGGGUACCUUCCAGGUCAAGGCGACGUCGGGCGACACCCACCUGGGUGGCGAGGACUUCGACAGCCGCAUGGUGGCUUUCCUGGCACAGGAGUUUCUGCGCAAGCACAAGAAGAACAUCGAGGGCGACAAGAAGGCGCUGCGCCGCCUGCGCACCGCCUGCGAGAAGGCCAAGCGUACGCUCUCCUCAUGCACGCAGGCCAGCAUUGAGAUCGACUCCCUGUUCGAAGGCGUGGAUUUCUACACGUCCGUAUCACGCGCGCGGUUUGAGGAGCUCAACUCGGACCUGUUCCGGUCCUGCCUGGAUCCUCUGGAACGCUGCCUCAACGACUCCAAGCUGACCAAGCAGGAAAUCAAGGAUGUCGUGCUCGUGGGUGGCUCCACCAGGAUCCCCAAGAUACAGAGACUCGUGCAGGACUUCUUCAACGGGAAGGAGCUGAAUAAGUCCAUUAACCCUGACGAGGCCGUUGCGUACGGCGCCGCCGUGCAAGCGGCCAUUGUGACGAACAUUAAGACAGUAGAGCUGGAGAACGUACUUCUGCUCGAUGUCACCCCGUUGUCACUGGGCAUCGAGACGGCGGGUGGCGUGAUGACGGUGCUCAUCAUGCGCAACACAGCCAUUCCUAUCAAGAAGACUCGCAUCUUCACCACCUACACGGACGAGCAGCCGAGCGUGCUGAUACAGGUGUUCGAGGGUGAGAGGGCUCUCACGAAAGAUAACAACCUGCUUGGCAAGUUCGUGCUCAAGGGCAUCCCACCUGCACCUCGGGGCGUGCCGCAGAUUGAGGUCACCUUUGAUCUGAACGCUGAAGGCAUCCUCAACGUGACUGCUGUGGAGAAGAGCGUCGGCAAGCCUAAGAACAUCACCAUCACGAACGACAAGGGCCGCCUGACCAGCGAACAGAUUGCCAAGAUGAUCAAGGAGAGCGAGACCUACAAGGAGCAGGACACUUUCGAGAGAAACCGCAUCGCCGCCCGGAACGCACUCGAGAGCUACUUGUUCCAGGUGCGUUCACACUCGGAAGACCCCUCAGUCAUCAAUGUGCUCAGGCAGCAAGAGAUGGACGACGUGCUCAAGAAAGUGGACGAGAUGGAGGGCUGGCUAGAGAUGAACGCCGUGAGAGACCGGGACGAGUUCGAAAGAAGAAAGAAAGAACUAGAACAGCUCUGGGAACCUCUCCUUUUGCGUGUAUAUGCCAGCACGCAAGGAGCAAGCUUGAACACUAGUUAAAACGCUG